GCUAUAGAUAGAUGCCAGCUUGGUGAUGAAGUUAGAAAGAAGAAAGAGAAGCUUUAUUCAGCAGUGAUUGAGAAUGGAGAGAAUUGGAGCAUGGGUCAAAGGCAGUUAGUCUGUUUAGGGCGGGUAUUGCUCAAGAGGAGCAAAGUGUUAGUACUCGAUGAAGCUACUGCAUCAGUGGAUACUACAACUGACUAUCUAAUUCAGCAAUCUCUUAGGCAACACUUCUCAGGGUCUACUAUCAUCACAAUCGCACAUAGGAUAACAUCAAUUCUUGAUAUUGAUAUGGUUGCCCUUCUCGAUAAUGGCCUUGUAUUGGAAUAUGAUUCCCCAUCCAAAUUGUUAGAGAUUAAGUCUUCUUCAUUUGCGAAACUUGUUAAGGAGUAUACUCAGAGAUGUAGUUCCUAG